UCAAAUUUAGAGGUAGAGGUCUCAUUGCCGCUUUGUAUUCCCAUUUCUCAUUUCUCAAUGGCAUAAUAACAUUGAGUUUGAACGCCAACAACGUUGGACAGUGAAGAAACCACCGUGUAUGUUUUUAAGAUUACAAUUGCCACCACUGGUUCCCAACAUGUCGGAGAAGAACAACACAAGGAGGAAGAGUGUUAGGGUCAGCAAAAAGCCACGUCCUUCAGCGGAAACUGAAGACAUAGAGGACGCAGUGUCCUUCACCAACGACGAGACCCACAAACUGAGAGUGUCUCUCUUGGCUUGGUACGACAAAAACCGCAGGGACCUUCCUUGGAGAACUACCCUAGACCCUAACAAUGAAGAACAAGAGGAGGAAGAAGUGGAAAAGAGAGCUUAUGGUGUGUGGGUAUCUGAGAUUAUGCUGCAGCAAACAAGGGUUCAGACUGUUGUUGCCUAUUACAACCGUUGGAUGGAAAAAUGGCCCACCAUUCACCAUCUCGCACAAGCUUCUCUUGAGGAAGUAAAUGAGAUGUGGGCAGGUUUGGGCUACUAUCGAAGAGCUCGUUUUCUUUUAGAGGGGGCGAAGAAAAUAGUUGCAGAAGGAGGCAAAAUUCCUCGGCUGGCAUCUAUGCUACGAAAGAUUCCUGGAAUAGGAGACUAUACAUCUGGAGCAAUUGCAUCUAUAGCAUUCAAAGAGGCAGUUCCUGUUGUUGAUGGAAAUGUGGUUAGGGUGAUAGCGAGACUAAGGGCUAUUUCUGCAAAUCCAAAAGACUCAGUAAUUGUUAAGAGAAUUUGGAAGUUAGCAGCUCAGUUGGUCGAUCCUCUUCGUCCUGGGGAUUUCAAUCAGGCUCUCAUGGAACUUGGCGCAACUGUAUGCACCCCUUUGAACCCAAGCUGUUCCUCAUGCCCAGCAUCAGAAUUUUGUCAUGCACUAUCAAAUUCUAAACAUGAUAGUACAGUAGCAGUUACAGAUUAUCCUGCUAAAAGUGUGAAGGUUAAACAAAGAAGUGAUUUUUCUGCUGUAUGUGUUGUUGAAUUACUUGGAGCCCGAACAUUGUUAGAUGAAAACCAGACUAGCAGCAAAUUUAUAAUUGUAAAAAGGCCUGAUGAAGGAUUGCUUGCUGGUCUUUGGGAGUUUCCAUCUAUAUUGCUUGAUGGAGAGACAGAUCCAUUGGCGAGAAGAGAAGCAACAAAUUGCUUCUUAAAAGAAAAUUUCAAAAUUGAUAUAAGAAAGACUUGCAAUAUCGUUGUGAGAGAAGAUGUUGGGGAAUUUGUUCAUAUUUUCAGUCACAUUCGCCUCAAGUUGUAUGUUGAAUUUCUGAUGUUACAAUUGAAAGGGGCAGCAGAUGAUUUAGUCGAGAGCCAGGGCAACGAAACUACAACUUGGAAAUGUGUUGACAGCAAUGCCCUAUCGAGUAUGGGACUAACAACCAGCGUAAGAAAGGUGUACAACAUGGUUCAAAAGUUUAAGCAGAAAAGACUUCCUUCUAACCACGUGCCAACCAAAAAGAGAAGUAGAACGACCAAGAGAAAAUCAGCAUAGUGAAACCCAAUUUGUUGCGUUGAGAAAAUUAAUAUGUUGGACUUCAAGCAGAGCAGUGUAACACUUUUUUGUUUUUUUUUUUCUUAGUUGACUAUAUCUGUAAUUGUGCGAGGUACUUAUGGCUUUGAAUACCUUUGCUGUGUAUGUUUCUUCGUUAUUGUGGCACCAACAUCUCAAAUUUCUUUUGGACAGAGCUGUCAGCAAGAAAUUAAGAAGAAAAAACUGCAUGGCAUAAAUUAUGUUAUACAUACAGCCAAAAACCCCUCUGUAUCUGUGUAGUUUGUAUCAUAAUUUGUUACUAUAUUUCUGUAAAAGAUAUCUCAUUUUUUAGUUAA